AUGGCCGGGGAGUUUCGGACAAACCUCGGUUCGUUCUGCAGAAAUUUCGGGACAAUCACGAAGCCGGUGGCCGAUGAUUGGCUCAGCGUCAACUUUGCGAAUUACAAGGACAUUGUCGAGACGCUCGAAGAAGAGUACACCAAUGGGUCGCUGAUGCACGAGAUUGAAGCCCUGCUCGAGGAUCUGCAGGGCAUCGACAUGAAGGAAUUCACCCGUGAAUUCUGGAAAGAGAUGAAGGAUGGUGAAGGCCUAGAGCCGCUCGUCAUCUCGGCCAUCCUCUGGAUCCUCAUUGAGACGGCCGCAGAAAAGCACAGCAAAGAAGACGCGUUCCGGACCGGCUGCGCGGCGGCAUCACUCUACAUGCGGUUGAGCUCGAUUGACGGGGCCGCCGUCAGGAACUUCAUGCACGGCGCAAUCACACAGCAAGUGCUGGCCGUCUGGCGAGAUGCCUUCCGUGUCGUGAUAUUCGGCGUUCGUGACCUGGCCACGAUGGUCGUCGCCGUCGAUGUGAAGGGCGGACGCGGGAAGGGGCGCAAGCGCAAGAAGGACCUCGAUUUGACGGAUGCCAUCGACCGCCCAGAAAGCUACAUCCAGAAUUCGGUGGCGGUCAAAGUGCUGGAGGAGUCGACGUGCGUGCUGCUCCUGUUUUUGGGAAAGGUCGACCUCAACAACUCGAGCACAAUUGCCGAGGCGAUCGCCGACUAUGUGCGCGAUUUGGCGCGCAUCGAUUAUGACGAGACGGCGAAAGAAGAUUUUCGAGUGAAGCCCGUCGAGACAACACGCGACAUGGCACGCACGGCCCGAAUGGUCAACCGCUCGUUUGCCCUGGCGCAUGCCCUCUGUGACCCGCGACAUUCCGACGAUUAUUCACUGGUCUAUGAGCGCAUCGUGCAGCCGCGCCUUCUGGCCACCGAUCCGGACAACAACCCGUACAACAUCUCCAUCCCCACGGCUGCCAUCACCCUCGCGCAGGCCACGCUUAACUUUGUCAAGCUGCGCAUGGAGGACGCCGACGAGAAGGAGCAGAACAUUUUUUAUGAGCUCCUCAUCGCCUUGAUCAUGCGCGCCGACCCGCGAGCCCACUACCGCGAAUUUUUGCCGGGCACCAUCUUGCUGGAGCUGGUCAAGCUGCUGCCGGACGAGAAAGUUUUUGCGUUGCGCAAAAUGCUGCUCAUCCUCUCGCGACGCCCGAAGAUCAACGUGACGGCGAUGGCGGUUUGCUACGAGAUGAUUCGGUCCAAAUUUUUCGACUGGAGCAAACCCGACCCGGACUACGAGAAGUACGUCGCCGAGCAGGCUGAACGCAACGAGCGCAAAAACGCGACCAUGUUCGACCGGAGCGACGCGGAAAACGAGAGCCGCGACGAGGCCGAAGUGUCCGAGGAUGAGGGCGAGGUGGCACGGAAGAAGAAGGCCAAGAGGAAGUCGAUGCAAGCCGAUGCUCUCAAUAAAGACGCCAGCUUCCGCGAGGAGGACGGGGCCAAGAAGCAGAAACGUGUCAAGAAAAAGAAGGCGCACAAGAAUCCCUAUUUCCCGAGGGGCGAUGCGAUACUGUACCGCAUCCUCGUCGAGGCGCUGAUCUACCAGACGGCCAACGUUCGCUCCCGUGCCCUCCUGCUCAUCGGCCAAUUGAUGCAAACCGCCGAAUUUCUGCCCGGAUUGCGGGAUGCGGCCCAUGAUGUGAUUUUCGUGUUAUCCAUGGACGAGCAGACGCUGUACGACGAGGGGAGCAAGCCUAGCCAAAAUAUGUUCGCCGAGGACUCGCUCUUCAAGCUGUUGCUGAACGGGGCACGCGAUGAAUAUGCCGACGUCCGUCAAAAGUGUCUGGGCUGCCUCGAGCGCUACCUGCCCCACGUCGCCGAUCUGCACGCCUUCUCGCUGGGACUGCAUUUUAUGCAGCGCCUAUGCCUCGAUGGACAAGCCAGUGUGCGCAAGACCGCCUCGACGUCGAUGACCACCCUCCUGUCGGCGCUGGAAGAGGGCUCGGUUCAAUGGCAUAAAGUGGCCAAUUCCUGGGUGUCAAGCGUGUUCCCGAUGAUCGGCGACGCCGACGCGAAGAUGGCCGAACGCGUGGCCAGCCUCAUCUUGGAGCUCGUCUUCGAACCGCUGCUCGAGGCCACCGACAACGAGGUGGGCGGGCUGGCCGCCGAAGUGCUGAAGCGGAUCGCUCCCGGAUCGAGCAAUCGCGCCGAUCUCAUCAGGGCCCUUCAAGCCCAAGCUUCCCAAAACAAGCUGCACCAGAACGUCGUGCACAACCUGCAGAAACGGCUGGCGAAGGUGCAAAACGAGAACCUGUGGACCCUGUACGAUUGCCUCGUCCGCGUGUUUCCGAACGCGAUUGACCCGAAUUUCAUCACGCAGAAGUGGUUCGAGUACACGAAGGCGCCGCGGCCGCUCAACGAGUGGACGCCGAUGACGACUAUCCCGAGCGGAACAACGGCGCACGUCCUGCUCAACGUGAUGCGCAUCGGGCAGCAGAAGUUUGACGAGAAACAGCGCCAGCGGCUCGUCGACAAUUUCCAAGAGCACAUUCGCGCUUACACGGUUCCGACGCAGGUGAUCGGCGCGCUCUGGUUGACGAUGGCCUCUCUCUGCGACCACCAGCCCAACGGCGUCACCGACAAGCCGAGCCAACGCAUCUUGGACUUCUCCUCGGAGACGUAUCGCUUCGCCCUGGGCGUCUUUGGGUACAUCUGGAAGAUGCCGAUGGACGAAUUCCACAAGACGAUGCCCUAUCUCAAGCACGCCGACAUCGAUUAUGUCGAAACAUUCCUGAAGCGCAUGAUCACGAACACCGGGGUGGCCGUGCAGUACAACUUCAAGCUCAUCUACCUGAUCGACCAGGACACGAUCGGCGAUAUCCGGGAAGAGCCGUUGCUGCUCUCGUAUCUGCUCAAAAUCACCACCUCCUGCCUGUCGGACAUGCGCUUCGGGCUGCUGACCGACCGGAAGAAGAUCAAGCUCGACAACGGCCCUCAUCCAUUCGGCUUCCCACCAAAGGGCAAAGACGGCCAGUGGACGGUGUGUGCCGAGUGGCAAAAGCAGCGCUUCGCGUAUUCUGACGUCAUCCUGGGCUUCUCGGUGGAGUCGACGUUUUCGGACCGAAUUCGAGCGGCCGCUGCGUUGGCGCUUGGGUCGCACUGCAUUCUCGACAGCGAGCUGGCCCGUGUCAUCAUCCCGGAGCUGAAGACUACGCUGCUCAACGAUGUCGACGCGAUCAGGGCGAACCUGCUGGUGCCGUGCUGCGAUAUUAUGAAAAGAUUCCCCGUGGCCGAGACGCACGACCUGCCGGGCACGAUCGCCGUGCUUCUCGUCGACCCACAUCCGAUGAUUCGACUCCAGUGCUUGGAGAUGGUCACCCAUCUGCUGAAGGAGCAGUAUCUGAAAUGGGAGGGCCCGAUCAUGCACCUCUACCUAGCGCUGUGCAUCGACAAGAACCUGGAGACGUCCUCCUACGCCCAGGAUGCACUAAUUAAUGCCCUUCUUCCGCUCGACAAGGACAUGCUGUACGCCAACUACAUGGAAUAUCUCCUGUUCUACAACAAUGCGCCAUUCAAAUGGAAUGACAAGGAAGGGCUGGUGAGCGCACGGCGGCGUCAAGUGCGCGUGGACGGCAUCGGCGCCGAGAUGCAGCGGUACAACUGGCGGCAGACGCUGCUUCGAUUCGUCCUAUCGACAUUCACGGACGUUCAACGAUUCGGUACGAUGGUGCGAAUUUGCGAGGAUAUCCUGCUGCGUGUCGCCAACAAGGCCCUCGAUAUCAAGGACGACUGCAUCGACCGGCUCACCAUGGAUUGCCUCGAGCUUUUCAUAUCCGAGGAGAUGAGCUUCACCUAUUCGAUCGGGAAGAAACCGGCGGCCGCCGCGGAGGAUGAGGCCGAGGAGGCGCCAGAAGCCCCGGAAAAUGUCAUGUCGGCGGCGAAAGAGGGCGUGGUGGAGGCGUAUCGACGUGGAUUGACCGACAAGAUUCUGCCCAUCCUCUUCCAACUGCUCACCACAUGCGAGCGAGAGCGGGCCGGACGUCAUACGCGCAAAAUUACGCUCACUAUCGCGAUGCUGUGCAAGGAUCACCUCGAGCAUCUGGAGGACAUGCUGCGCGCCCUGCACCCCAACCGAGCCCGCCACAUCCUGCACGCGAUCCGCGACGACGACGGCUUUGUGAAGCGCGAGAUGGCCCUCCGCAAACACGACAAGGAACGCGACAACGCCGAGGAGUUGCGCUUACUCCUCGAAGAGAUCCAACGACCCAACGACGGGCUGCUCAAGUCGGCCAAGAAGCCGAAGACGCCAAAGAUAAGGCCGCGCAGCCGGAUGGCGCAGAACGAGACGACGUACGCCUACGACGGCCAGGCGGAGACGAUCGGGGCCGAUGGGCUGGUGCUGCUGCGCCAGGCAAGCGAGGCGCCUUCCGAGAAUGGACCCCCAAUCCCGCUGGCCGUCCCGCUCAGCGACGACGACGAUUCGGCCAUGGAUGCGGAUGCAGCGGCGACCGCUUCGACCGCCAACGAGAAUCCCGCGCCGGUUGAUGCCGAUACGGCCGAGCCGAUGGAGGUUGAAACUUCGCCUCCCGCCGUCAAGGUCGAGCCGGCCGAGGCGACGACUUCUUCAAGUCCGGCAGCUCGAGCCGCCGAAUCGACACAGGAAACUUCGGCACCGGCUUCAACUCGUCGGUCAACCGCGAGACGCUCGGAGUCGCGGUCCGCGGAGAAGCAGAUGGACACGGACGAGUCGACGGGCGACGUGCCGACGGCAUCGACCGUGGAGACGAUGGUCAAGGAGGAAGAGGCGGAAGAGAUGGAGGAGGACGAGCAAGCGCCGCCCGAACAGGAGCAAGAGGAUGUGGAAGAGGAGCCACCCGCUCCGGCUGUUGCAGUGAAAGAAGAGGUCGUCGAAGAAGAGCAAGCGGCUGAAGUCGAAGCAGAAGAGCCAAUGGACACUGAAUCGACCGCCGCCACGACCCCAGCGCGGACAUCGACCCGUCGCCGGAGUGCCAAGCGAGUUAGUGAAGUGGAGAACACGCCGCCGUCGACGGCUGUCAAGAGCGUGUCGAGCAGUGCAUUCGAGAACGACGAGACGAUGUGCCCGGGUGGUCGUCACUUUUCGACACCCAACAAGGACCCCGCCAACUUGGAGCUGACGUUCCCCGGCCUCGACUUCAGCGUGAUUCCCAAGGAUUCUGAGGUGACCCGAAAGCCACUGCGCAACAACUACGAGUCACUACCCGAGGCCAGCCCC